AUGUCGAACGCAGCCCGCAAUCCAGCGCGCGGACGCCGCUUAGACGAUGCCCUCUCUCAACUAGUUGAUGGCCUGACCCCCGCGCUCCCGAUCUCCGCCAUCCAAGACGAAGACUACUCCGAUCAAGAGGAAGCUCUUGCCGCCGCUGAGAGCCGCAGACACCAUGUCCUCAUGGAACGCGCCUGGCGCAUCCUGGAUACCCACAUUAGCACCAAUGCCCCAGACCCAGGAUCACCGGCUGGGCUCGGUGGACGUCGCGGAAGUCUGGCAGGAACGGAGAGUGUCAAUAACGCGCCGGAUCUGAUCAAGCGCAAGCUACGCCGUGAAAACCUUAGUCCCGAUAAGGCGGUGCGAUUCUCUAAUCUAUACUCUCGUCUCUUGACUCAGCCUGUGCUGUCGCAGAAAUGGGGAAUCCUCUUCUUGCUUUAUAAGUUGUCGGCCUCGGACGAUCCAGCGGAGGCCGGGGAAAGGAGCAGGAGCCCGUUGAUGGACGAGGGGAACUUGCAGAAUAUGUUAGGGAAGGGUGGUGGACGCACCAGAAGGAAUACACUAAUCGACUCGGAGGAUGAGGGCCCUGCUGUGAGCUCCUCGGCUUCUCAGCAACAUCAUAGGGCAGCAAUGGCAAAACCAGAGCGCCAUAGCUCGCUACGACAUGAUAUCAACAGGGAUGAGUUAGAUCAUGCUGGGCGCAACAUGGCAGACAGACCCUCCAAUCGCCCAGACCCCGGAGCGAAUGACCGCUCCGGCGACGAGCAUGUUCGUGCUUCCUCGCCCCAGCCCUCGGGUGCUAAUCCAUCAGGCUCGGAGAAAUUUUCUGGAUCUGUUGAGCAUAAACUUCUGCGCGACCUUCCUUUCAAUUUGCAAGGGUUGUCCUCGACGAAUUUGCAGUUUAAUUCUUCAUCAAGCUUAAAACUGCCGUCAAACCUGUCUGCACCCAUAACAUCACUCCUGAAUACGCUGGCAGAACCUUGCUUGCUGUAUAAGGGGCUGUCUGUGUUUGUGGGGGGUGAGGAAGGUGGGCUGGUAAACCAGAGCUUGCGGGCUGCCAUUGCCAUUGAGCUGCGAGCAUAUCUUAGCCUGGUGGCUACACUAGAGGCAGAAAUCCGACAGGCGCUGGCCGCGAUCGGAGACGGAACCGAGGCUCAAGGUGUGAGAAAAGGUGGUGUUACUUUGAAAAGAUGCGUGGUUUGGACGAGAGAUGCUACGAUGGCCCUUCGACUGAUGAGCUUAAUCGUUGAAGAGGCUCAAAGCAAGAGAGGCGGCCAGUUGAUAUCCUUAAUACACGGCUUUUCAACAUCCCACGGAGAUCCCUUUGUGUGUGCAUUUGCCGAGAAGCUUCUUGCGCAUGUAACGCGUCCAUUUUACGAUAUGCUACGACUAUGGAUCUAUGAUGGUGAAUUGUCAGAUCCAUACAAAGAAUUCUUUGUCGCAGAUCCAGAGUUCCGGCCCAAGACUGACCCCCGGAGGAUUGCAACGAGCGUUUGGGAGGACAAAUACAAGCUCGAUGAUGAUAUGGUUCCUUCCAUCAUUACCCAAGAAUUUGCGAAGAAGAUUUUCCUCAUUGGAAAAUCCCUGAACUUCAUUCGCCAUGGUUGCGGUGAUUCCGCAUGGGUGGAGGCCUAUUCCAGGAAAGCUUCCAAGGAGCUACGAUAUGGUGACACAGCCACUCUCGAGAUUUCCAUCGAUGAGGCAUAUAAGACUACAAUGGCUCGAUUGAUCUCCCUGAUGAAUGGAAAAUUCAAUCUCUUCGAUCAUUUGAAAGCGCUAAAGAGUUAUCUGCUCCUGGGCCAAGGAGACUUCAUUGCUCUGCUCAUGGAGUCGCUUGCUACAAAUCUGGAUCGUCCAGCAAACUCACAGUAUCGACAUACCCUAACGGCGCAAUUGGAGCAUGCCAUCCGUGCCUCCAAUGCGCAAUAUGACACCCCAGAAGUGCUGCGCCGACUUGAUGCCCGUAUGCUUGAGCUGAGCCACGGUGAGAUUGGGUGGGAUUGUUUCACACUGGAAUACAAAAUCGAUGCUCCCGUGGAUGUUGUCAUCACGCCUUGGGCCUCAACUCAAUAUCUAAAGGUCUUCAAUUUCCUAUGGCGCAUCAAGCGAGUAGAGUUUGCCCUGAACAGUACCUGGAGACGAUGCAUGACCGGUGCACGAGGAGUGCUCGGCAAUGUGGAGGACAAACUUGGAGCAGAUUGGAAGCGAGCACGAUGCGUUAUCGCAGAAAUGAUCCACUUUGUCAACCAGCUCCAAUACUAUAUCUUGUUUGAAGUCAUCGAGUCCAGCUGGGAACAACUGCUCCAGGCAGUGCAGAAACCCGAUUGCACAUUGGAUGAUCUGAUUGAAGCCCACACCAAAUACCUCAACUCUAUCACUCACAAGGGCCUACUCGGCUCUGCAUCCUCCUCGCGCUAUGGCACCUCCACCUCGAGCUCUGCCAAACAACCCGAAGAGAGCUUCCUCAGCCAGCUCCACCAAAUUCUCAAGUUUAUGCUUGCCUACAAAGACUCCGUAGACGGCCUGUAUUCCUUCUCUGUUGCAGAGUUCACUCGCCGCCAGGAAAUCAACGCGAAGAUCGAGACACGCACCGCCCAAGGCCAAUGGGGCCUUACAGAUCGUGAUCUCCUGUCCCGCCAAUCCAACAGCCGCAACGGGGCCUCAAUGGCUUCAACCCCGGACAUCCGACCCGAUAGCGCCGGUGUAGACGGCGUCAACACCCCUCUUUCAAUAUCCGGCCACAAUCUCGCCGCGGACGAUAACAUGCUCGCCUCGCUACGCGUGCGCCUCCGUGACCUCUCCACCGAGUUCCGGUCCCGUCUUACCGUUCUUCUGGGCGAUUUGUCAUACCAGCCAGACGUAGACAUGCGUUUCCUCGGCGUUGUGAUGAACUUCAACGAUGUCUACGAAUUGCCCAAGCGGCGCAAGGCGGCUGGUCCUAGCACCAGGGACAAGGAGAAGGAACGGGAGAAAGAAAAGGCUAAACGGAGAGCUGCUGCAGCUGCGGCGGCAACGGGCUCUGGAACUGAUAGCUUUAUGCAGAAGGAUGUGCGGAGGGAGAGGAGGGAUACUGGUGCGAACGAUCCUGGGUUUACUUCUGGGAAUGGGGUAUAG